CCGCGAUAUGCACUACGACGCGGUUACAUCUCGUACUAAAACCCGACAAGCACGAUAUCACGUUAUUGCGCGCGACGUGCUUACGAUGUAGAAACAAUACAACCUCAUGUAAACUUAAGGCAUAUUCAAAUAAAGUGAUAAUUAUGACAAGCAAUAUAUUAUUAAUUUAUGAUGGGUUCAAGAAGACUCUUAUGUAAACAUUUAAGUUUGAACCCUGUACAAAUAUGGAUAUUCAGAAGCAGCACCUAUGUCCGCGACUGGUGGAUUAUUUAACCAUCGUCGGAGCGAAACCUUACACUUCGGGGAAGGGGCUUGCCCCUGUACAGGCUCCUGAACUUCUGCGCCGCUAUCCACUGACCAAUCACGAUGAUUUCCCCCUGCCUUUGGACAUGGUGUAUUUCUGCCAACCGGAGGGAUGUGUGUCCGUGGGGCCACGUCGGGCGCCCGGCCACCUGGCUUCCAGGGAUACCACCUCAUUUGUUUUUCAACUUACUGAUAAAGACUCCGGUAAGACUCGUUUCGGCAUCUGCGUCAACUUCUACCGAGCAGUGGAGCGUGCGCAAGCCCCGGGUCCACGCGAGCGCAGCAUGCUACGCCGCGAGUCUUGGCGCAAGUCCAUGGAAAAAAGUUCCGACUCCGCAUUCUCCAGUGACUAUAGGAGCAGCAACGUGGCCCCGAGUGACUCGGAGCGCGACUGCAGUGCAACACUAGCGCCGCGGCUUGCGCCGGCUCCAGACUCCGAAAGCGGAGGCUCGCACUCACAUUCACCCAGCCCGAGGGCAACUAGAAAGCGGCAGAGAAUACGGAACCAUUCUCUUACAUCACUGUGCCUGCUUUCACAUCAUCCAUUCUUCUCUACAUUCCGAGAGUGCCUAUUUAUCCUAAAGAAAUUGAUAGAUGCAUGCAACGAGUCUUCCAGUCCACGACGUGUCGGCGCGUCAAGGCAAAUUCUUAGAGAUACGGUAUGGUCGGUGUUGACUGGCCAAGCUUACGACAACACUCCGACGAUCGUGUUGCACGAUGUAAAGGAGAUCGAGACAUGGAUCCUGCGGCUGCUGUCGGCGCCUGUACCGGUGCCGGGGAAGACAAGGCUCGAGCUAGAAGUACUGUCGCCCACGGCACACUCACCGCUACUGUUCGCGCUACCAGACCACACAAGAUUCACACUCGUCGACUUUCCUUUACAUUUACCAUUGGAGCUUUUGGGCAAGUCACUUUGA